AUGGCCAAGAGUUCUUUCAACGAGACUUCCAUUGAAGCGUCUGCCGGUGGUAGUCUCUGGGGUGUGUCUGCUGCCGCCAAGGCUGGCUUCUCUACUGAAAAGGGCACGAAGGAGGUUACCGCGGGUUCUGAGAAGCAAGAACAAAUCCAUGUGACCUAUAACUUUCCACGUGUUACAGUCUUCUUGGAUGAACACUCACUUGAACUUACAAACGAUGUCAAGAAUGACAUUGCGAAAAUCGAAGAAGAGCAGAGCAACGAGAAAAAAAAAGAGCUGAUUAUAGCUUUUGGUGAGAAGUACGGUCAUGUCUUCUCACGACGAGUCAAACUCGGUGGCCGACUUAUUUCUUCCCAUGAAAACACUUCCAAGGAUGCACAGAAACACGCACAGACCGAAAACAAUCUGAAGGCUGCUGCGGCUGUCUCUGUUUCCGGAUAUGGGUUCUCAGUAUCCGCAGAAGCGAGUCAUGAAACUGCUGAAGCAACAGAUAAGAGCGAGAAGGCACAAAGCUUCGCGAGCAACAUGUCAUGGGAGGCAACUGGAGGUAACACCGUACUAUGUAACGAUCCCCCUUCAUGGUGUGACACUGUGGGCAACUUUCGCCAUUGGCGUAUUGUCGAGCAAAGCGACAUCGUCCCUAUCACCAAGCUUAUCAGCACGUUCCCCGGAUAUGAAAGUUUUCCCUCACCCAAAGAACCCGCUUCUGGCUGA